ACCCGCUCUUCAGAGUCUUCAAAGGAAGAAAAAAAGAAGCCAGUUCUGGGGAAGUUUGGACAUUUUUUUACUACAGGGAGGAGAAAAAAACCUAAGAAUACACAGGAAGCUUCUUUAAAGCCAAGUGUUAAAAGUACAAGGCCUGAAUCUCCUCAUAAGAAUUUAGCCCCGUUGGCAUCAAUAGAAAUAGAGGACAUAAACGAUCUAUCUAAGAGUGAGGAAUCUCUUACUGAUCCAACUUACGAUCAGAGCCAGUCACAGAUACAAGAUACUAUUGAAGAACCAGAAGAUUAUCUCUACAAUAGGGAUCUGACACCUUUAUAUAAUGACAUUGUUUCAGAAUGGAACACAAAAGGAAUUUCUUCUGGCAGUGACUGGUCACUUGAUUUUCAUAGUAGUAAUGAAACAAUAAAAAAUACAUUAUUUGAUAGCAAUCUUACACUCGAGACACUGGAAGGAGAGAACGAACUUGUCACUGAUACAAAUACAACAACUCCAGAUUUCUUUAAAAGUUUAACUAAUAUAUCUGAUGAAAAUCUAGAACAUAUAUUAAACCACAAGGAAUUAGUGGAGCCUCAUACAUUUGCAGAGUCAGAAUAUGCAGAGUCAAACUAUCAGCCAUUUUUUGUGGAACCUAAGCAAAAUGAGCAUGUCCAACCUUCUAGAAUAUUGACAUUGGAUAUUUUUCUUCGUAGAACUGAACAACAAAAUUUGAAUGAGCCAGUGGCUCUUGUGUUAGACAAAGAUUGUAGCAGCACAGAUAGAAUGGAUAAAAAACCUGCAAUUAGGAGAUCUGGAAAGAGGAGAAAAUCUCAGAGCUCCAGUGAUGUGCCAAAUGGGGAUAGAAAUGCAAGUGAGAAUACUGUGAAAGAGGAACCUGUUUUUGAUGGCAUUCCUUCUGAUACAAUUUCAGAAAAAAUAGGCACUUCUGAAAGAAAAGUUAGGGCUUGUCAACAGAUUAUUUCUCCUACAAAUAAUAACGACGUAAGGUCUGGAAGUAAUCAUAAGGGAUUUACUAAAUCAGAGCUCGAGAAGUGCAAGCAGCAGAUCCCAGCCUCAUCCCCACAUAAAAAGAAAUCCUUAAAAAAGAAUCAAUCUGAUGUGGGUCCCCUUUCACCCAUAGGCUUAAAAAGUCCAGGGAAAGAUCCUUCCACCAAAAGACAGUGUGAAGGCAUAACAGAUGGUAAUCCUACAUCAAAAUGUACUUCAAUAGAGGAAUCGCGUUCCGAUGAAAACGUUCUGGUUUCUUCUACAGGCGUUGUGAGCAACAGUAGCACUUUGUCACCUUCUGAAGGGAGGACAGAGUCUCACGAUUUGCAUCCUGUCAGCAAAUGCCCUUCUGAUGGCAGGGUUUUGCUAUAUGCUGACAAGCAUAAAAAUGAGGCGGGAACAACAAAUGGAAAGCAAAUUUCUUCUGAUUUGGACGAAGCAAAGCCAAGAAAUAUGUGCCCUGACAUUUCCAGAACUGUCACAACAAAAAUUAUCCUGCCAGCUAAACCAAAGAAUGUUGAAUUAAAUCUUAAAGCUUCAAAAACCCUGGAAAGUAUGGAAAAUGAGGAAGAUUCUGUAGACAAAGCAGUUAAAAUUAACUUCAGCAUUGCCAAUAAAAUAUCAAUGUUUGAAAACAAACGUAAUAAUCAAAAUCAGUCUGCUGAUGUUCCUGCUCCAAAAAGAGGUUCUGUAUCAAAUACAUUUGUUGGUAGAGCAAAGUUGAAGUUUGGAAAACAGCAAACUGAAAGUGAACAGACUAACAGAAUAACAAAUAAAGCAAACCAUUGUCAGAAAUCAUUGCAAAAUGGCACAAAAGUAAAAGAAACCUCUUCAGAUUUAAGAAUGAAGUCACAGGGAAAGAUUGAGGCAAACAUUACAUGUGAGGAUGUUAGAAAGAGUGAGGAACUUGGAAAAGUUGUUACAUCUCAGGUUAGUGUGAAUGGCAAAGUAGAUGGUGAUGAUUUCACUUCUAUAAAAAUUGAUGCAGAAUUAGUCAAGGAGAAUGAUGUACCUGAUAUUUCAUCUAUAAUACAGAAUGAAGAAACAGAAAUAAAUAAUGAUUGGAGUAUAAAUUCCAAAUCCUUAUCUCCUGAAAGUGAAGAGCCACUUUCCCUGAGGUCAGAUAAUUAUUCCCCAAAUACUAAUGAUAAAUGUUUACUGCAGUCUGAUCUGGCACCCCAAAAAUCAGAAUUAAACCAGAACGUGGCUUCUGAAAUUGAAAAUGAAGACAAAAAGAUGAUUAAUACAGUUCUGGAAAGCAAACAAGUAUUUGAACAAAAUAACAGUGGACAAGAAAAUCAAAGCAGCAGUAGUUGUAAUGUUUCUGAAAGCAGCAACACUGAUGGUAUUUGUGACUCUCCUUCAGAUAUGGCCAAGUUUACAGAAACACUUAAAAAUCUAGACAGUUCUGUUUGUAUACCUCAGAAAAAGAAAAAGCAGAAACUCCCCAAAUCUCCUGCCCCUCACUUUGCAAUGCCUCCAAUUCAUGAGGACAAUUUAGAGAAAAUAUUUGACCCCAAUAUAUUUACCGUGGGAUUGGGUAUAAAGAGAGACAGAUUUCAAGAUCUAGCCCCAUCCCUCCUGCUAAAAUUGCAAAGCCUAGAACCUGAGGCUAGGAUCAGACCCAAGCGGGCCUCUGCUGAAAACAGCCUUCUUCUCCAGUCCCUGAAGUUAUCCAGUAGUGCAGAUUCAGCGCCCGCGCAGGAAGCAAACAAAAAAGAGAGCAAGGACGGUACCGAUGGUGACAUCAAGCGGUCUCGACUUGAAAACAGCACCAUCUUCUCCAGUCUGCUAUCACCUGUAACUAAAGAAAAAAUGUUCAUGCCAUCUGUAACCACUAUAAACACAAUUACAACAUCUUUUGCAUCUCAGAAGAGUGCCAUUUCUUCAGAAACGCCGCCUCUAGUAUUAGAUGUAACUCAGAAACCUGAGCCUCUUUCAGGUUUCAAAGCACCAAACUAUAUGGAUAAAUAUUUACAAACCGAUGAUGCAAAAAAAGAGAGAAUUUUACAAAUGCCAAAUUUUGGAAACCUUGAAAACAGUUUUUCAAACUGGUUGAAACCUGGUCAGUGUGAAUCAAAUGGAUUCUUAGAUAUUGAGACAUUUUCAGGGAAUAAAAUUAAUCCUAGACCUGGAAAGAUCAUGAUUUGCAAUAAACAAGAUCCUUCCGAAAGCAUUGAAGUUUUUCAUGAUGUGUUGGAUUGCACCUCUUGGAUACUGUCGCCUGUGAUUUUAGUUAAAAUCAUCCGAGGAUGUUGGAUUCUGUAUGAGAAACCAAAUUUUGAAGGACCUUCUAUUCCACUGGAAGAAGGAGAAUUGGAAUUCUCAAAUCUUUGGGGGGAAGAAGCAUGUGACAAGGAAGAUGAAUGCAAAGCUCCUGAGCCUGCUGUGAUUGGUUCAAUCAGGCAUGUAGUAAAGGAUUAUAGGAUUUGCCGAAUUAACUUGUUUACAGAACCAGAAGGAUUAGGUUUAGUAAAUGCAUAUUUUGAUGAUACUGAAGAAACACGGUUUGGUUCUUCUCAGAAGACUUGUUCUAUCCAAGUGUCUUGGGGCAUAUGGCUACUCUAUGAAGAACCUGGUUUCCAGGGAAUUCCUUUAAUGCUGGAACCAGGAGAAUAUCCUAAUCUGUCAUUCUGGGAGAAGAAAGAGGCAUAUAUUAGGUCUCUGAGGCCCUUGAAAAUGGGCGGACGUAAAGUUGAAUAUCCUAAAAGCCUAAAGGUGAUUGUUUAUGAAAAGCCUUUCUUCGAAGGAAAGCAUAAAGAACUGGAUUCAGAAUUAAUAGCUCUUGCUGAGGAAGGAGAUGGAACUGAAGAAUCUAAGGAGUUGGAAAAUGGGCUGCUUACAUCAAUAGGAUCCAUAAAAGUGAAGGGAGGAAUCUGGGUUGCUUAUGAGAAGCCGGAGUUUGAAGGGCAUCAAUAUUUACUGGAAGAAGGGGAAUACCGGGAAUGGAUGGACUGGGGUGGGUACGAUGAACAGCUGCAAUCACUACGGCCUGUUCUCGGGGAUCUGAUGCACCCUCAUAUGAUAAUGUACACUGAAAAAGACUUUGGGACUAAAGCUUCCAAUAUAAAUGUAUUAGGAAUUAUUCCCAAUUUGAAGGAUACUGGCUAUGGACUAAGGACACAAUCCAUAAAUGUGAUUAGCGGAGUGUGGGUGGCUUAUGAAAACCCUGACUUUACAGGAGAACAGUAUGUUCUUGAUAAAGGAAUGUACCGCAGCUAUGAGGCCUGGGGAGCAAAGAACAGUAAGAUUUCUUCAGUUCAGCCCAUACUUUUGGAUAUUGUCAAUGAUGAUGUGGGAAACUUUAAGGUCCAGUUAUUUUCAGAACCAGAGUUCCAAGGCAGCAGUCAAGUAUUCGAGAAAGAUAUUUCUCAAAUUGUAGUAUUUCCUGCUAAAUCUGCAAAGGUAUUAUCUGGCAGUUGGAUUGCAUAUGAUAAGGAAAAUUACUCUGGGAAUCAGUAUGUGUUAGAAGAAGGAGCCUAUCCUGAUCUUUCUGCAAUGGGUUGCCUACCCCAAACAUGCUUGAAGUCUUUACAAGUUGUAAAUAUUGAGCUUUCUGAGCCAGUCAUAACCCUUUUUGAAAAAGAAAACUUCAGAGGAAAGAAAUUAGAAUUUACUACAGAAAUGGUAAAUCUCCAGUUUCUUGGCUACAAUCCUCAUAUUGCUUCAAUAGAAGUCCAUGGUGGCAUAUGGAUUAUUUAUGAACAUUAUAAUUAUAAAGGCCGUCAGAUUUUACUAACACCUAAAAAAAUACCAAACUGGCAAGACAUAAGUGGCUACCACAAAAUUGGUUCCCUACGACCUUUACUACAGAAACAAGUGUACUUCAGACUCCGAAACAAAGAGACAGGAAAGUUCAUGUCAGCUGAUGGAAAUAUUAAUGACUUGAAUCUUCUGAGGAUACAAGUUAUGGAAGACAAUAAAUCUGAAGAGCAAAUCUGGGUUUAUCAAGAUGGAUUCAUCAAGUGUAGGCUGGCAGAAGAUUUCUGCUUAACUAUUGUAGGAACUUUGAUCACCCCUGGUACAAAGCUGGGUCUGGCCCUUCAGCAAAAUGAGGAAAAGCAAAACUGGAGAAUUAAUCCAGAUGGCAAGAUUUACAGCAAAAUGAAACCACAUUUAGUCCUAGAUGUUAAAGGGGGAAAACACUAUGAUGAAAACCAUCUAAUUCUCAGUACAGUCAGUGAAGACAAACCAACACAAUGCUGGGAACCACUGAUUAUUUAAAAGGCACAGAUUGAGAUGUAACCCAAUACUUGAAAAGUGAUAUAGGCGAACAAUGGUUCUCCAACCGGCUUGAUCAUUUGAAGAAAUAAAAAUGUAAUAUACUAUCUCCAUCACUGCGUCCAAGAGCAGCCGUGUAUGGAUGUCAUGUCACCUAAUUUCUAUUUGUUUGUUAACUCUGCCCCCUCUGUUUCGUUCUUUUGCUUAAGCCCACUGCCCUUCAUGCUCUGCAGGCCAAACCAGAACUGAGGAAGCUGAUAAAUAUGGAGCUUACAUGCCUAGAAUGGGCUCCCUGUUUCAGAUUCUCUCUUCCAACUCUUUGGGUGGGACACAAGAAAGAUGACAGGGCUGGCAUGCUCAGCCCUCCUUUCUCACAUGAAUGAAAUUGUCUAAGAGUUUGUGGUGUAGAUAUUCAGGGUUAAAAGCAAAGUGUCUUACACUUUUCUGUCCUUUUCUUAUUACAAACAUUAAGAUGCAUCACAAGCAGCUAUUUUAUAUCACCAAGGCUACUAACAUUUUAAUGUGCAAUUCAAAAUGUACAAAUAAAACUUUUUUAAUGUUGUGGUGCUCCAGGUUUAGUGCUGGAGCAGAAUUUACUAUUGCACUGGAAUAUUUUGUAGUGAAAACUCAUUGAUAACUAUUCAACAUUAACCAAAAAGUAAAUUAGCUAUUUAUGUAAAAUUAAAUUGUUUUCAGAUUAUUUUAAAAUAAAUGAAAUUGUGGUAAUUGAAUGCUUUAAUGCCUAACAAACAUUUGCUGCUGAGCUUUUCAGCUGUUAAAAUUGCCGACUAUUUGCAUGGCUGCCAUAUUUUACAAUUUACAAGUAUUGUCUUUCUACAUGGCAGGUAUAUGCCAUUCUGUAUUCUAAAAUGAUGUAUUUUAAAAUGUGUAACAAAUUAUUUGUGACUUGGGUAGGAAAACAAUUCUUGCUUUUUAACCAGCUGCAUUGAGAAAUGUUUCCCCAUGUCUUUGCUUUAAACUUUCUCUGGUGAAACUCACUAAGUGCAUUUGCACAUAAGUUUUCUAUGUCUGAUUCUGUACUGAGGUAACUUCACUGUCCAUUAAGAUUACAAUUUUCCCUUGCUUUAUACCCCGUAUUUGCAUUCACAUUCCUCUAGUGCUGUGCUGACCAUUAACAUGAAAGAUUGUGGUCUCAAGGCUUGAACUCAGAAAAAUCUACUCUGAAUACCAGAGUAAUUCAGGUAGUUUCUUGAAGAUCAUUUAUUUUAACGUUAAACCUAGCUCUACUUGCCCACAAUCAUUUCUACAGUAUAGCAAACCCUACUUUUAUGAUAAUUCAGUGUCUAUGUAGCAGUUGAAUUUCAAAAUAUUAACCUGGCAGAUGAACAUGCCACCAAAAACAUUUGUAAUAUUCAUCACUAAUGGAAAAGCUAUCAUACACUACCACUGAAUAGAACAUUAUUAAUAAAUCCCCAUUUCUUCAGAAUGUCUAAUGCAGCUACUGCAUUUUCCAAGAGAAAUUAGAAAUCAAAAUAAUCCCUGCGUCAAUAACACUCACUGUUCUCCCCAGUUCUGUCACUCUCUUAUUUCUGCUCUUUCUACUACCCAUGUUCACAAACCACUUGUAAAUUGCUUAUUGCCAGCAAUUAUCUUGGGGCAUUACCAGAUGUUGCUUGAAGGCCAUACAGGAAGCUAAUUGAGUCCUCCCCCUCCCCACCCCAUAAUCAAUUGACAGCAUCAUGCAAAAACCUGCCACGGCAGCAGGAGGUAGCCAAGCCUGGUGCAUUGGAAAGUGCCUGGCUAUGCCACACUGACAAAUCUGUAGGGGCUCAAUUAGCUUCCCACACAGAUCUGAAGCCGUAUCUAGCAGGGCCCUUUGGCUGCUCAGUCAGAUGUCAUGAAAAUCCAUAAGAAUUCAACAGUGCUGCACUGAUUGGUUUGGAAACCAGUAUUGUGUUAAUUUGCCAUUUAUUAGGAAGUUAUAAUACUCAGUCCAAAUGUUAUGCUUAUUUUGACCCCAAUCUGCUGAAUAACUGGUUGCAACAGUUAGCCGUGUAGCUGCUAUAUUUUUCUGGUGAUAUUUUAAAACUGCUGCUUAUAUCCUAGAUACAGAAAAUAUUUUAGGCUGUAGUAUUUGCAGAAAAUGUCUUUGUAUCCAAACCCUUGUAUAAACAUGUAUUUUACAAAUAAAUAUUAUUCAGAUGAAA